UGAUUCUUGGGAAAGCCGAAAUCAACAAUGUUUGUAAUGAAGAACAGCAGACUCUGAGCUGUAACCUGAAUUCUUGUCCAGAAUUCAGCACACUGGCCGCGAGCACACGAAACAGACUGCCUCUUGGCCUGUCGACGUCUUUGAGACGCUGGCCCACCUAGGAAGGCACAGUGCAGGUACCUGUGUGUUCUGCCGUUGGGCGCCAGCCCGGACCGGCUCCCAGACGCCCGCCUGUCCCCUGGGCUCCUUGUCUUCACUCUCUCGGGGCCUGCGCACCCCGAGUCUCCGUCGUGUUGGAAUGGUGAGCUUGUCGGCCACAGACUGUUACAUCGUGCACGAGAUCUACAAUGGGGAGAACGCCCAGGACCAGUUUGAGUAUGAGCUGGAGCAGGCGCUGGAGGCCCAGUACAAGUACAUCGUGAUCGAGCCCACCCGCAUCGGAGAUGAGACCGCUCGCUGGAUCACCGUGGGCAACUGUCUGCACAAGACCACCGUGCUGGCGGGCACCGCGUGCCUCUUCACCCCCCUGGCACUGCCCCUCGACUACUCCCACUACAUCUCCCUGCCCGCCGGCGUGCUGAGCCUGGCCUGCUGCACCCUCUACGGCAUCUCCUGGCAGUUUGACCCCUGCUGCAAGUACCAAGUGGAGUACGACGCCUAUAAACUGUCCCGCCUGCCCCUGCACACACUCACCUCCUCCACCCCCGUGGUGCUGGUCCGCAAGGACGACUUGCACAGAAAGAGACUGCACAACACGAUAGCGCUCGCCGCCCUGGUGUACUGUGUAAAGAAGGUGUACGAGCUCUACGCCGUAUGAUCGCCGAGCGGCGCGCCGCCACGGAGACGGCGAGGGUGCAGGUCGCACGGGAACUUUCUUUUGCUCCAUGAGGCAACAGAGCCCGGGAAGGUGUUUGGUUUAAUAGUUAUUUUUUAAAAAUAACAGAUUGCAAAUGUACCAAGGGUUUUUGCAACUUGCCACACUAAGCUGUGGGUUUCCGCAGCCCACAGGGAGUCUGAGGCCGCGGAUUCUGACUGGGCGUGGAACGUGGAUGGAAGCUGGGGGGGUGCGUUGGGUGGGGGUCUUGAAGUUGAUUGUUUAACUACCUUCCAGAGCCAACCAGAAGCAAUUGACCAUUAAAAUGAUGAGAAUUUCAA